CAGCGUCCCUUGCUGGGCUCCGAGGCCCCGCGGCCCCAACGUCCUCAGCCGGGCUCUGCGGCAGUCGCCCUGCCUGGGGCCGGGACCGCCGGCGGAAGGAGGAUCUGGGCGGCCCGGUUGGCGGGAGGGCGGUUGCCUUUCCCGGAUCUCAUCCCCGGCCGCCCGAGGCGGGAGGAAACAGCGGCGAGGUCCGCGGGCGGCAUGGCAGGAGCUGCGGACGAGCGCGGGCCCGGUUCCGCGGCGGGGGAACAACUGCAGCAGCAACACGUCGCGUGCCAGGUCUUCCCCGAGCGGCUGGCCCAGGGAAAGCCCGGGCAAGGGUUCCUUUCCAGCUUCUUCACCAACAACCAGAAGUGCCAGCUUAUGCUCCUGAAGACGCUGGAGACAAAUCCAUAUGUCAAACUUCUACUUGAUGCCAUGAAGCACUCAGGUUGUGCUGUUAACAAAGAAAGACACUUUUCUUGUGAAGACUGUAAUGGCAAUGUCAGUGGAGGUUUUGAUGCGUCAACAUCUCAGAUUGUUUUGUGCCAGAACAACAUCCGUAAUCAGGCCCAUAUGAACAGAGUCGUCACCCACGAGCUCGUUCAUGCGUUUGAUCACUGUCGCGCUCACGUUAAUUGGUUCACUGACGUCAGACAUUUGGCCUGCUCAGAAGUUCGAGCUGCUAACCUUAGUGGAGACUGCUCUCUUGUAAAUGAAAUAUUCAGGUUGCAUUUUGGAUUGAAACAACAUCAUCAGCGGCCACCGAAAGCGAACAGAACUAGCAACAGGAGGGAAAGUUUGGGGAGGUGGUGGGAGCCUGGUGGAGGGAGAACAGUUGUAGAGAAUGGAGUCCCUGCGUUCGUACGGCAUGUACCCAAGAGACACCGGCAUCGAUGACAGUGACUGAUGGCCAAAUAUGGUAAAAUCACCCAGUUUUAACAGGAAUGAAUUACAUUUGGAAAGAAGUAAACCUGAACUGUGGUCUCUACGUGUGCCUCCCAAACCUGUAGCUCCAGGAGACAAUUUUUUACCAUCGUUUCUUCCCCUGGAAGGGAGAAAUGUCCUCUUUCUGGCAAUUGCUGCCGUAGCUCCAUAUGGUUCAUCCUCUCUUUCUUCUUCCUUUAUGCCUGAGGUUUAUUUUUAAAAUCAGUGUUUAGUGUAAUUUAGGUCGAGAAGCACUGGUUUAUAUUCUCUCUUUUUUUUUUUUAAGAUUUUAUUUAUUUAUUUGACAGACAGUGAG